AUGCACCCUCUAAAUCCCUUCCUCCGUGCCUUCUUCCGAAGCACUGUCCCAGGGCAGUGUCUGCCGAUAGAGAAUCAUGUUCUGCUCGUUCCGAUAACGGAAUCCUUAAUCGGGUCGCGAGACCGGGAGUCCAACCUUCUCUAUUCCGACCUUGUGGUGUCCGAAGAGUUUCUGGGAAGUCAUACACUGCGAGUACCGAUUGCCAAUGGAGCUACCGGGAAUGCCAAGGAUGAUUCGAAUGUUCGUGAUAGUAGGGGGAAGGCAAAGCAGGUGACAACUGUCAACGGACGAACCGUGAUUAUCAAAGAGAGUUCGGUUUACAGCAACAAAGGCUUCAAAUCCCUAACCCAAGCUCAGCUCCUGUCCGACGCUCUGUACUAUACUCCAAGUACCGACUCCCAGCCAUGGCUUAUCUACUACAUCUCCCGCCCGUUGAUCGGCUUAUUCGACCCAGGGAAGAUCAUCUCUGCUGUAGUGCCCGGGUCGCUACCUCAGAGAGUAGUCACGAAUACGGGCGCCAAAGCUGGCGAUUCUGCCUCUUCAUUACCGAAGAAAGAAAUCAAGUCGUUCGGAGAACUGCUGGCCAAUUUUCCUAUGAUUGCAAGACAGAUGCAGCCAGGCUUGGACAGAUUAUUCCGAGAAUUUGGGAAAGAACUGGGGAAACCGUUGCCGCCUCCUCCGUCGCGCUCGCCUUCCAUCCCUGAUGACUACGAACGUAAACCAGAUCGCCAUGAACAUUCGGCGGAUGAAGUCGCUUCUAUUCGGAGCACGUCGUCCCGCAACAGAGAAGGACUUCCCUUUAAUUCCGAGGAGUACUUUGAAGAUGAUGAGGAUUUGAUGCGCCGCAGCCUGGAGACAGCAGUUACCGCCGCAAUCGAUCUGUUCCGGCUCGUGGACAAACAGCAGUUGUCUCUUCUCGGCGCCACGACCGACCUGACUGGACCUCUGGUAGAACGGUUGAUUGAGCGUUAUGUUGCCGAGCAAGUACAUGAACCGCUGCUGUUUCCUCGACUGUGCAGCUUCCGUCAACCCGAGGACACAGAACUGGAUUCCAGAAUUCGCCAUAUGGAGAAUCUAGAUGUUUCACAAGUAGGAAUCGUUGUCGAAGGAGGACGAGAGGGCAAAAGAGAGCUGCUACAUCGGCUCGGAAGAGCGGUAGAGGAGUUCCGAAAGAUGACAGACGCAAAGUGUCCACACGACAUGCUCAGUACAUUGCUGGAGACAGUCAAAGUCUUAUCGUACCCCGGGACGUAUGAUAACGCGAAUCUUCAAGCCUCGGAAAAACAGAUUGCGCCCGUCACCGUAAAUGCGGAUAUUCUGGUCUCCUUGUUACUUAUUGUGGUUAUCAGGUCCCAGGUCAGACAUCUACAAGCAAGACUCUUGUAUAUGCAGCACUUCAUCUAUAUCGACGAUGUUGAUAGCGGUGAAAUGGGUUAUGCUUUGAGCACAUUCGAGGCAGUCCUUACGUACUUAGUGACUGAUUCAGCGGGCCUCCGAAGAGCCAGUAUUCGCAACAAGCGCCUGUGGAAUGCCACUAGAGCCGGACGAGUUGCCGAAAUGAGGGCAAUUCUUGAACCCGAAGGUGACAAUAGCUCACUGGACGAUGCCCCGGACGAGUCAGAAGGGAAAUCAGUCUUCUUCAAAACCGGUGAGGGCGAAGACGUGGAUGAACCGCUACGAGGACUUUCUAUUCAUCGAAGGCUCUCAAGGUCAAAUAGUGAACAUCAAGAAAUUGAUGAAACUCUUUCUGAGGCACCACCGCUGGCACAUGUGUUCCCAUUUCAAACAUGGGCAAACACCUCCCCGCCAAAGGAAGUUCAGCGUCCUGUGAAGAAAGUCUCCAUGGAUGUCCGCAGCAUAUCGGAGUCGUCAGCUACUUCGCUUCUCUCUCGCACCACCACCAUCGAAUCAAUGACCAGUGCAAUAGAAGGGGACAGCUCAAUCGAGACGUUGACCAAAACGCAAGAUCCUGCGGGUGAUUCAAUUCCCAUGAUGGCCGUUGACAGUCGCCAGCCGGAGGCUCUCAAGUACUUGCUGAGCCUGGAAGAGUACUACUCAUUGGAAGACAUUCUCGAGGAUACAAACACCGAUGGAACAACGUUACUCAGUGCCGCGGUGCAACUCGCUCACCCUGAGAUGGUAGAAACUUUGCUCGACUUUCUGUUCAGUGCAACUGACGAGCGAACAAUUGCUGGUUACCUCAAAAAAGCAGACAUGCACGGACGCACAGUUGCUCACUAUUUGUUCAGUACACCAUCAGUAAUGUACAGACUGGAAAGACUCAUUCCUUGGCGACAGCGUGACAGAAAUGGCCAGACGCCGCUCUUUGCUCUUUGCAGAUCUUAUGAUCAUCCUGAUUAUAAGUCGAUGGUCAACGAGGCGUUGACCGCCGCUCAAAGAUCUCAGGGAGACGGCUUGCCUCUGCGGCUUGACGACCAUGUGGACUCGAAGGGGAAUACACUGCUACACAUCGUCGGUGAUCCAGAGAUAACAAUUCGAAUUCUACGGGAAAGCGAUUGUGAUCCAAACGCGACCAACGAGAAGAAGUUCACGCCGCUGAUGAUGGCUAGCAAGUACGGCCGCGUCGAUCAAGUGCGUAUCCUUUUUUUGGAUCCCCGGGUUGAUGUACAUCUCAAGGAAGCUCGCGGAUUGACGGCCGUCGAGCUCGCCAAAGAUGACGAAGUCCGUAAUCGCAUUGACGAUCUCAUUCUUGUCUCAAAUUCGCCCUCGGCAUAUGAUGACCCAUCUGGUCGUGUCACCACAGUUGUACGCUCAUACUUCGUUGAGGAUGCCACAGUACGCUUUGUUUUGAAGUCGGGCGCGCCAAGCUCUCGGUCCCAGUCAGACGAAUCUCGAGCUGGGUCAACCACCUACACGGUCACUACAUGCCGUCGCACCCUCUCGGACUUCGAAAAUCUUGCUCAGUGUCUCGCAAUGGAGCAUCCGGCCUCUUAUAUCCCUUCCUUUUCUGACUUUCGCAAUCCUUUUCAAAUUCAUUCCAAACCAUCCAGGUCUGUUCUCCACAACAUGCAAGAGAGGCUAGACAGAUUCUUGAAAAUCCUGCUUACCCAUCCAACCUUUGCGACGCACGAGAUGCUGUGGGAGUUCUUCCUGGUGCCCGAGCUGCAGCCGGAGAUGAUGACGGACAGGUCCCGACGCAAGGCGUUGGUACUCUCCGAGUCGAUUGCAGACGACUACGCGCCUGUGACAGUUGAAGGCAUACGUGAAACAGAACAGUUCGUGGCGCAGGCUCAGGACAUGGUUCGUGCCCUUCACGCCAACACGCGCAGUCUGAUUCGCCGUGGUCAUUCCUUGCAGAAUGCCGCGUCAGAUAUGGCCGACGCGCUGGCGCUGUGCUCGUCGGUAGUCUCGACUCUCCAGGAGCCCACAAACGCGCUUCCCCAUUCACACGUGGACGCUUUCACCCGCUACGCUUCCUAUUUGUCAACCUCAUCCUCAGACUCAUCUCCGCUUCUUCAGUUCCUAUCAGUCUUUGCCUCGAUCGACAACACGACUGUUGCAAUACUCGGUUCGCUCUCCCGCCCUAUUUCGCUCAUAUCGAAUCUACAAUCCACAACCCGCAAUCUCUCCCGCAAUCGCUCCUCUCUCAUCUCAUCAUCUUUGCCCCGGAAAUUCAACAUCAACUUUCCGGGCCUGGAGGAAUCCCGACAGAAGUCAGUUCGUGAUCUGGAACAGAAGAUCCAAGAGGCUGAAGUCCAUAUCGGACGCCUCUCCCGGGAAAUCUCAUGGAACAAGGAUGUUGUGGUCGGGGAACUCGCCGGAUGGACAUCCUGGCGGGAAAAAGUCGGCCGGGACGCCAUCCGCGACUUCGUCAGGUCCACCCUGGUCCGAGAAAAGGAGCGAGGGAAACGCCUUGAACGGUGCUUGAACCGGAUACGGGAGAUGAACAACCGUACAGUACGAUAG